CUGUUCGGUGCAAUUGACUGAUAACUGAAAGGUGUCCAUUUCUUCAAUAAAAUUUACUCUGCAGCAGUGAGUUUCUUCAGACCAACCGGCAACAAGUUUAUUAUCUCUGGACUCCAGACUGACAACGUUGCCUGAGGCUGUUGCUGCCAAGCCAAGUGGAACAGUGCCUGUGAUUCUGUCAAGGUUCCCUCUGGGGUGAGAAAUGAAACCGAGAGACGGGAGGCUCUGCCAUUCGCUGGUGAUAAUAACACUAUUCCUAUGCCUCAACGGAACAAGACAAUCAGAUCCUUCAUCGCCAGUGUCAGAGUCCCGCCUCCCAACAGGAGAGUCGGGGGAAACACACAAGCGGGUAAAACGGGGCUGGGUGUGGAAUCAGUUCUUUGUGCUGGAGGAAUAUACGGGCACAGACCCAUUAUACGUGGGGAAGCUUCACUCUGAUGUUGAUCGAGGAGAUGGUUCUGUCAAGUACAUCCUCUCGGGAGAAGGAGCAGGAUCCAUCUUUAUUAUUGAUGAGAGUACGGGGGACAUUCACGCUACCAAAAGGCUGGAUCGCGAGGAACAGGCGUACUAUGCAUUACGUGCACAAGCUGUCGACCGGUUAACAAACAAGCCCGUUGAACCCCUGUCUGAGUUUAUUGUGAAAAUACAGGACAUCAAUGACAAUGAGCCAAGGUUUCUUGAUGGUCCAUACAUGACCAGUAUCCCCGAAAUGUCUCCUGUGGGAACAUCAGUGAUACAAGUGACAGCGACUGAUGCUGAUGAUCCUACUUAUGGGAGCAGUGCCAGAGUGGUGUACAGUAUCCUCCAAGGACAACCAUACUUCUCCGUAGAGCCAAAGACAGGAAUCAUCAGAACAGCUCUGCCCAACAUGGACAGGGAGGCCAAGGAUCGCUACCUACUGGUUAUACAGGCUAAAGAUAUGGUUGGACAGAUGGGAGGUUUAUCUGGAACUACAUCAAUCACCGUUACUCUCAGUGAUGUUAAUGACAACCCACCUCGCUUCUCUCGCAGGUUUUAUCAGUACAACAUUCCAGAAUCUUUACCCAUGGCUUCAACCGUGGCUAAAAUAAAGGCACUUGAUGAUGACAUUGGACAAAAUGCUGAAAUGGAAUACAGGAUCAUUGACGGGGAUGGGCUUGCUGUUCUCAAAAUUACGACUGACAUGGAGACUCAAGAGGGGAUCAUAACUCUCCAGAAGGAACUGGAUUUUGAAAAAAAAUCGAGCUACAGCCUGAAGAUUGAAGUCACCAAUAAAAACACUGACGCGCGAUUCCAGGCCCUGGGACCCUUUGCCGACACCACGACGGUGAAGCUGGUGGUAGAAGACGUGGACGAGGCUCCCGAGUUCAACUCGCCACACUACAGGAUAUCGGUCUCUGAGGCUGCAAAGGUCGGAACGGCCAUCGGGACUGUUUCUGCACGUGACCCCGAUACUGCACACAAUCCUGUCAGAUAUUCUAUAGAUCGCAACACAGACCUGGAGCGAUAUUUUAAUAUUGACGCCACCACUGGGGUCAUUACCAUCGCUAAAUCGCUGGACAGGGAGACAAGUGCGGAGCACAACAUUACAGUUUUAGCAAUGGAGAGCCAGAACCCAGCGCAGAUUGGAAGAGGCCUUGUUCUCAUUAGCUUGGUGGAUGUCAAUGAUAAUGCUCCUGAAUUCCCAAUGGAGUAUGAAACAUUUGUGUGUGAAAAUUCCAACCAUGGCAAGAUAAUUCAGAGAAUCAGUGCAGUGGACAGAGAUAAACCACCCAACGGACACCACUUUUAUUUUUCCCUUGCUCCUGGAACAGCCAAUAACCUGAACUUCACAGUGCAAGAUAACAGAGAUAACACAGCCACCAUUCUGACUCGAAGAGCUGGGUUCUCUCGACAAGAGCAGGCUGUUUACUUCCUGCCCAUUGUGAUUGUGGACAAUGGGACUCCAUCGUUGAGCAGCACCAACACCCUCACUGUUCGAGUCUGUGGUUGUGAUAAUGAAGGCAUUGCCCAUUCAUGCAAUGCUGAAGCCUUUGUCCUGCCCGCUGGCCUUAGCACUGGAGCUCUCAUUGCCAUACUGGCUUGUGUCCUGACACUACUAGUGCUUGUGCUGCUCAUCGUGACACUGAGACGACGUAAGAAAGAGCCUCUGAUAUUUGACGAAGAGAAGGACAUUAGGGAAAAUAUCGUCAGGUACGACGAUGAAGGAGGUGGUGAGGAGGACACAGAAGCUUUCGACAUGGCUACGCUGAGGAAUCUCAACUUCAUCCAAGAUGUGAAAUCGCGCCGGGAUGUCACGCCUGAAAUCCAGCUCUUUUCAAAAGCGGCACACAAGCUGUCUCCCGAUAACAUUAUCUUCAGGGAAUUUAUCUGGGAAAGGAUGAAAGGUGCUGACACUGAUCCCUGUGCUCCUCCAUAUGACUCUCUACAGACGUAUGCGUUCGAGGGGAACGGCUCAGUGGCAGAGUCGCUCAGCUCCUUAGAGUCCAUUACUUCAGCAUCAGACCAGAAUUAUGAUUACCUCAGUGACUGGGGGCCCCGCUUCAAAAAGCUGGCAGACAUGUACGGUAGCUCCAAGGACAGUAUAAACUCUUAAUCACACAGUUCGAAAGAAUGCACUGAUUUUUUUUUUGUAAGCCGCAGAACAGUUUUGGGGGGAUAAAAAUGUAAAUAUGAAACCAUUUUUUAAGAGCCUUACUUUGCCUCUUUUUAAGUGGUACAGUUUCAUCUGAAUUCCCAUGGAAAACACACAAAACAACCAGAUUGUGAGCAUUGCGUAACUUUUUUUGAUAUGAAGGUAUAGAAUGAACAGCAGUGCUAGGUUAUAAACAUUAUCUCUUCUGAUUUGUACAGGAGAACUUAUCGUCUUUUUUGAUUUGUUACACGUUGAUAUAUUUAUAUUAAAAAAGCCAAAUCCUGUCAUGCCUGAGCCAGUCUGUGUACUGGGUCAGGAUCAGGCAUGGAAGUACAUGCUGAUUUUAACUCAACUCCAGAGUGUAUGGAUGAAAUAAAGCAUGAGCAAAUCUAAUUAAAUUAAUGGAACCCUUCUUCAUCUCCAAAAGUCACUAAAAAUUGCAAGGAGGUAUUUUUAAUGGGAUCAUUAUGCUUUCUGGGCUGUCUGUCCACUGCAGGCUGAAAGGGAAAGAAAAUAGAAAUUGUUUUUUAAAUGUCAGAAUUGGAAAUCUCAUCAUAUGUCAUAAUCUGUGGAAAAAAAUUCAGGCACAGUUUUGUAGACAAUCAUUACUCCAUGGUUCAGUAGAGUUUCCUUCAUUCGGGCACAUAUGAAUAAUAAAAAAUGGGUUUUGUAAUAGGAUAUUAAAAAGUGUCAUUAUGUUUGGUCAUACCUGUAUAGUUUUCAAUAAAACAAUGGAAAUUAAUAUACUUUA